AUGAGACCGAUAAGGGUGACAGAGGAGCAAAUUAAGUUGAGAACUUUCCCUUUUUCGGUGGGGGAUGAUGCAAAGGAUUGGCUCUAUUAUUUACCAUCGGGGACAGUCACAACAUGGAAUGAGAUGAAAAGGAUGUUUUUAGAAAGAUAUUUCCCAACAUCCAGAGCUGCCACCAUCAGGAAAGAGAUAUGUGGUAUAAGGCAAUAUAAUGGAGAGACAUUGUAUGAAUAUUGGGAGCGAUUCAAGAAACUAUGUGCAAGCUGUCCUCACCACCAAAUAAGUGAUCAGCUGUUAAUUCAGUAUCUCUAUGAAGGAUUGCUGCCUAUGGAAAGGAACAUGAUAGAUGCAGCAAGUGGAGGUGAAUUAGUGGAUAAGACUCCUGAAGCUGCCAAACAAUUAAUCUCAAACAUGGCUGCCAAUUCCCAACAGUUUGGUAUAAGACACGAUGCACCACCCAAAAGGGUGAAUGAGGUAAAUACAUCUUCCAUUGAACAACAAUUAUCUGAUCUUACCUCUCUAGUUAGACAAUUGGCUGUAGGGAAUGCACAACAGGUAAAGGCUUGUGGGAUAUGUUCGACAAUGGGACACCAAAUGGACAUGUGCCCAACACUUCAAGACGAAGGGGCUGAGCAGGUUAAUGCAGCAGGAAAUUUUCCUGGACCACCGAGGCAGUAUGACCCUUACUCUAACACUUACAAUCCAGAAUGGAGGGAUCAUCCGAAUUUCAGUUAUGGAGGAAAUAAACAAAUAGGAGGUGGACAGAGUUUCUUCCAGAAUGGACAACAACAAGGUUUUCAACCGAAGCAACCUGCCUCACAGAGUUCAAACUCAUCCCUGGAAGAUAUAGUUAAGUCCCUUGCUAUGAAUACCAAACAGUUUCAACAAGAUACAAGAUCAAGUAUUCAAAAUUUGGAGAAUCAGAUGGGUCAAAUGGCAACUGCUAUAAGUAGUUUAGAGGCUCAAGUUGGAGGGAAGUUGCCUUCUCAAACAGUAGUGAAUCCAAAGGAGAAUGUGAAUGCAGUAACGCUAAGAAGCGGCAAGAAAGUGGAAGAACCAAAACUGGACAGUCCAAGUAUAGCAAAGGAAUCAAAGAAGGAAGAGAAGGAUAAGGAAAUUUUGGAGAUGUUUCGCAAGGUGGAAGUGAAUAUACCUCUGUUGGAUGCAAUUAAGCAAGUGCCAAGAUAUGCGAAAUUUCUUAAGGAGCUAUGCACCUAA